UUUUGAAUGCAAGGCUCUUUCAAUUGCCAAGUCUUGGUCAUAAUGCUAUUCGUGGCCAAAUCAUCAUGAUCAUAGCGUAACGAAGAUGGACUGGAAGGAUUUAGCAAGUAAUAGUUAGGUCAUUUACUGGGAAUAAGAAGCCUAGCCUGGCCUGACGUGUACUUCGCCUUAUAAAAGGUUGGAAGUCUUCAAAGCGCUCGAGGUAAAUUUGUAUGCAGCUCCUGAACUGUGGAAAUUUUGAAAAAGAAUCUGUAAUCUCUCCUGAUCCAGAACAAAAGCAUUCCGUCAAGUUUCGAAAUGUCUUUCAUUUUUAUCUUGAUCAUACUUGCAUUGAUUUAUGCCAUCACCAAAAUGACUGAGAAGAAGAAGAACAGGAAUGCUGCUGGUCGGGAGAAAGAAGGAGGUGGUCGUCGACUUGGUGAUAGAUCAGGCAGUAAAUGUCAUCCUGCUCUUUGCAAUCCUGAUCGUUUCAAGACCACUCAAGAAGUAACAAAGGCCCUGCGCACUGCAGGCCUAGAGAGUAGUAACUUGCUUUUCGCUGUGGAUUUCACAAAGAGUAACCUACAGCAAGGAGAGAGGACGUUUGGCAACAGAUCCUUGCAUCACAUUGAUCCGAUCAUCAGCAAUCCAUAUCAGAAAGUCAUGUCAUUGUUGGGUCAAACAUUGGCACCGUUCGAUGAGGAUAACCUUAUCCCAGCAUAUGGAUUCGGUGACAUCACUACUAAAGACCGCGCCGUGUUCUCUUUCAAUCCCGGGGAGCAGCCAUGUCAUGGUACGCAGCAGGUUUUGGAGCGCUACUCCCAAAUCGUACCACAGACACAACUGAGUGGUCCAACCAGCUUUGCUCCAGCUAUCGACAAAGCGGUUGAGAUUGUGAAACACCACCGCUCCUAUCAUAUUCUCGUCAUCAUUGCUGAUGGGCAAGUGACUAGUGAGAAGGCAACACGUGAUGCUAUAGUCCGUGCUGCUAACUAUCCACUAAGUAUUGUUGUUGUCGGUGUGGGAGACGGUCCUUGGGACAUGAUGAAGGAGUUUGAUGAUUCCAUUCCGGCAAGAAAGUUUGACAACUUCCAGUUUGUGGACUUCCAUCGGUCCGUGAGUGGUUCAGAUUUUCCCGACGCAUCCUUUUCGCUUCAUGCUCUGAUGGAGAUUCCAGACCAGUUCACUGCCAUCCGCCAACUCGGUUUACUGGAUUUCUAAACCAGCAGACCUGUGUACUGGUUGGACUAGCAUUGGUUUGGAGAUUUCAACCUCAGUUGCUCCUGGACUGUUGCUGACUUACUACAAGUACAGUGUAGUAAGUAGUAUUAAUACGUGUACCGUUUGUCAUGGUGAUGCCCGCUGGCUCGGAGUUCUGCUUUUCACAAUCAUGUAUAGGUGUAGUCACUGAGAGCAGGACCUCAGGUAAUGGCAGCUAUGCUGUCAUAUAUAUCUCGGAGCUGGACAGUAAUUGACGUGUGUUUGCUAUACUGCGUUGUUGAUGCUACAACUACACACACACACACACACACCGGUUAGCUUUGAACAGAUUUCUGACAUAGUUCGCUCUAUCGAUGCAAACGGCUCUACUUCAGGUACUUUCUAAAUUACUUUCGUCAGGGUAACAAUGUUUGUUUUGCUGCCAUUCAGUGCUACGAUUUUAAUUACAAUUGUAGUUUUCAAUGUUUCAUACAUCAUCCGUGAUGUCAUCUUCAUUCUCGGUGCAGUGUACAGUCGUUACCUGCUCUGCAGCUUAUUGCUUAAAAGUCAAAACCAUCCAUAUCAAUACUGUGACUCACACAUUCAUGCUGAUCUGCUAUGUAUAGGCUAGGGCUUGCUGCUUUACAAUACUUGUGUAACACAUAGAGUGCAAGUUCUGUAAUUGUCACUUCCAACUUUUAGUGAACGAUAUGCGCUUGUGCCGAUGUUCGUUGACGGCGUCUUCCCUAGCCACGGUCAA